CCUAGCAACUGAAUGUUUGUUACAUUGACACACUAUUUAAGGACUACUCGAUUGUGUUUUAUUUGAGGAAGAAUACUAGCUACAUAAUACAAUAUUGCUGAAUGCGUUUCGUUUUUAGGUCCAGAAAGAAUGGCAGAACAAAGUUUAGAAAAUGCAUCGGCAACAGAUCCCGGUGCGAACAAAGAAUCGCUUACCAGCGAUUUUUACAAAGUGAAUCCCAAUUUACCCAGAAGAUUUGAACACCCGGAUUGGUUUAAGGCAUACAGAGAACAGCCACCCCAUCCACUGUACAGGACCACAAAUCAAACAUAUGGAAGCAAAAAACCAACUGUACACGAAAUGCCUAUACAUUUUUUUGCAAACAGUCGGCAGUUUUCUGAAUACAACGGGAAAUGUGGGAUGUAUAGAGAUAAUGGAUUCAACACGCACAUCGAGAAAAGCUUUGUCAAUGGAUCAGACAACCUGAUUACAUUCCAGGACAGACUUAACUUUCACAAGUGUUAUAAUAUGAGUGGGCCAUCUCACACUUGAUAGAAAGGACAAUACCUCCACAAUAAAAAAAAAAAAAAGGUGCAAACUUCAUUUAUUUAAAGUACUGCCUUGUUUCUGCUGAACACAAGACAACAACUCAUCAGUUCUAGCUCAACACAAUUCUAAACAGCAGUAAAUAUUAUUUCGACCCUUAACUUUUAUAACAGGACAAAGUAAAUAGUGUACAAUAUUGUAGAUUUCUUGAAGUCUGUGUUAUACAAAUCUGAUACAAUAAAACUGAUUUGAACAAA